AAACAUCUCAAUUCGUCAGCAACUCGAACGCGAUGGUCGGUUUCGGACGUGUGUCGGCGUGGCUCGCGGUAGCGCUCGCAAUCGCGGCUUUGUCGUCGUCCGUCGGUGCCGUAGAUCGAAGCAAGUUCCGUCGCUGUGACCAAGCUGCGUUUUGUGCGUCGCAGCGCCAAUCUCCAGGCAACAUCGACAGUACAACAUAUUCGUUUGUCGCAAAACCUGACUCCACGACGCCGUCUGUGUACUACUUUUCACUUGUGCCAUCGACGGCCACGAAACCGCUGCAUGCAUCGUUGAGUUUCCUUGAAUCUGGCGCCGUGCGUUUGCGCACUUCGGAAGUCCCGUUUGACGGCGAGUUGUUUGCUUCGCACAAUGCAGAGAACGACAUCUCCAAGCCACGGUGGCAACCCAAAGACGUGCUCGUGGACACGACACACUCGUCGUUUGACCGUAUCACGUCGUCCCCUCUCACUUCCAUCGCUGCGGAGGACGUCGCGUUUCAAUCGACGUCGGCGAGCAGCACGCAGACGUUGGUCGUGCUUCGCGGCAAACCCAAGGCGUUCGCGAUGGAAGUGUACGUAAAUGGAGAGCUGGUCGUGUCCACCAACACCCGGGGGAAACUUCAUUACGACGCGCGCAAAAACAAGAGCGACAACAGCAGUGCCGACACUGCGGCAGACACCCCUGCCGAAGUUGACGUCCAUGGCGGCAAGAAAAUCGUUGAUUACGGGGAAGAUGGGCUUGCCAUCUACGCCGAUGGGACGCACCAAGUCAAGGGCGAAGCGGAGGACGUCCCCGCCGCAACAACGGACGACUCGUCCGCGUGGCAGGAGUCGUUUGGCGGCCACACGGACCACAAAAAGUUUGGAUCGACGGCGGUCGGUCUGGACGUCCAUUUCCACGGGUCGGAUCGGUACUUGUACGGCAUCCCCGAGCACGCGACGGAUUUCGUGUUGAAGGACACGUUGGCUCCGGACAACUCGCCUGUGACGGACCCAUACCGUUUGUAUAACUUGGACGUGUUCGAGUACGAGUUGAACGAGCCGAUGGCGUUGUACGGCCACAUUCCCAUGAUGAUGGCGGCGAGUCCUGCCAACACUGUUGGUGUGUUUUGGUACAACCCGUCGGAAACGUUUGUCGACAUUGCGACCCCAUCUUUGACGCAGAAAUCGACGCACUGGAUGAGCGAGAGUGGGUGGAUCGACUUGUUUGUCCUGCCAGGCCCGACGCCGGCCGCCGUGGCGAACCAGUUCACAACGCUCACGGGGCGGGCGUCGCUGCCCCCCGUGUUUGCGCUCGGGUACCACCAAUGCCGAUGGAACUACAAGAACGAAUUGGACGUAUCCCGCGUCAACGAAGGUUUUGAUACGCACGUCAUUCCGUACGAUGUCCUGUGGCUCGACAUUGAGCACACGGAUGGAAAGCGAUACUUUACGUGGGACAAGCAUGCGUUUCCGACCCCGCUCGACAUGCAAGCGUCUCUGUCGGCGGUCGGCCGCAAGAUGGUGACCAUCGUGGACCCGCACAUGAAGCGGGACUCGAACUACGCCGUCCACACCGAUGCGCAGACGCAACAAGUUUAUAUCACGGACGAACACGGCAACGAGUUUGACGGGUGGUGCUGGCCCGGUAGCUCUUCGUACGUCGAUUUCACGUCGGCCAAGGCGCGACGGUGGUGGGCGUCCCAAUUCCGCCUGGACAAGUACGUUGGGAGCUCCCUCGACUUGUACACGUGGAACGACAUGAACGAGCCGAGUGUGUUCAACGGGCCGGAAGUCAGCAUGCGCAAGAGUUGCCUCAGUCGCGCCGGCGUCGAGCACCGCGAGUGGCACAACUUGUACGGGUACUACAUGCAGCGCGCGACGAUGGAAGGCCAACUGGUUCGCCAGCUCCAACCAUCCGACAUUCCUGCCUCUGAUGACGCCCCGAUUCCCCUGUCUGCCGCAGUUGAACGACCAUUUGUGUUGAGUCGGGCAUUCUUUGCCGGGAGCCAGCGGUAUGGUGCGAUCUGGACUGGGGACAACAAGGCCGACUGGGGCCAUCUGAAUUACGCGACCAAGAUGCUGCUCAGUAUGAGCGUCGCGUCGCUCACGUUUGUCGGCGCUGACGUCGGAGGCUUCUUCGGCAACCCGGAUGCCGAGCUUGUGACCCGAUGGAGCCAAGCCGCGACGUACCAGCCGUUCUUCCGCGGCCAUGCCCAUCACGACUCGGACCGCCGCGAGCCGUGGGUGUUUGGCGAACCCCACACCGGUCGCAUCCGGCAAGCCAUUCGCCGUCGCUAUGUCAUUCUGCCCUAUUUGUACACGGUGUUCCAUACGUGCAGCGUGUCGGGGCUGCCGGUGAUGCGGCCGUUGUGGAUGGAGUUCACAAGGGAUGCCGAGUCGUUUAGUGUGGAAGACUCGUUCUUGCUAGGUGGGGACAUCCUCGUGCAUCCGAUCACGUCGGCGGGCAUGACGUCGGCCAACGUUUAUCUUCCCGGCACGGACGUGUGGUAUAACAUCCACGAAAGCUACAAGCGCGUUGCGGGCGGGGCCACGCACUCGGUGGCGGCGCCGAUCGACUACAUUCCAGUGUUUCAACGCGGCGGCAGCAUCCUGCCCCAGCGCUGGCGCGUCCGCCGCAGCUCGGCACUCAUGCGCCGCGACCCGUACACACUGGUCGUGGCCCUCAACCACGCCAAGACUGCCACGGGCGAGCUGUACAUCGACGACGAGCACACGUUUGCAUUCGAGACGGACAAAAAAUUCUCCCAAGUGCAGUUUACAUUUGACCACGGCACACUCACGUCCCGCGUCAUCUCGAAUGGAUAUCUGUCGGAUGUCACAGUGGAGCGCAUUGUGGUUGUGGGGAUGCAAAAGCCAGCGACCAAGGCGACAUUGACCAGCGGCAACGAGCACACGGUCACGGAGUUGGAAACCGCGUACGACUCGAUUGAAGACGCAUUGACGAUUCGCAAGCCCAAUGUCGGCGCGACGGCUGAAUGGUCCAUCCAAAUUGAGUAAGGGAGCGCUGUAGUCGAGACGAGCGUGACCACAAGCAUUCAAGAUGUUGGUGGACUUUUCUUGCUGCACCGCUUGUGCUGGGUAAACCCUGCCUUCCGAGCAAUCAAUUCGGUUUUGAAUUUAGUCUUUUCCGCUUCGA